GGUCGAGCGGCGCUCCGCUCGCAUCGACGCGCGGGUGGCGAUUGCUUCUGUCUGUUGUUUAGCUAUGGGGCGGUGGGCGAGUGAUCUCCAGGACUGCCGGACCUCGGUUCGGCGGCUCGCUCGCUGCUGACUGACCGUCACCCGGGCCGAGGGGCCAUGGGGGAGCCCGGUUCUUUGGACUCAGGAGACCCCGCGGGUGUCCGGAGCUGGUGCCUGCGGCGGGUGGGGAUGGACGCCGAGUGGCUGCUGCUGGAGGAGGGGCGCGAGGUGUCUAUAGGACGAGGAUUUGGUGUCACAUACCAACUGGUAUCAAAAAUUUGCCCUCUGAUGAUUUCUCGAAACCACUGUGUUUUGAAGCAGAAUCCUGAGGGCCAGUGGACAAUUGCAGACAACAAGAGUCUGAAUGGUGUUUGGCUGAAUAGAGAGCGUCUGGAACCGUUAAAGUUUUAUGUCAUCCAUCAGGGAGACCACGUCCAGCUUGGGGUGCCUCUGCAGAAUAAGGAGCAUGCAGAGUAUGAGUAUGAAGUUACUGAAGAAGACAGGGAGAAGAUACUUCCUUAUCUUGCCCCAAAGCGUAACCAGAUGAUGGAAAAAAAUAAGGGCUUGAGAACUAAAAGGAAAAGUAGUGUAGAUGAAUUAGAGGGUCUUGGACACGAGGGCCCCUCACAUUUAAAAUCCAAAAUAAGCAAAGUGUCUUGUGAACCUGACCAGCCAGUGCAGUCACCUGGGAAUGGCGGAGUAGCCACUCAGCCCUCUGAAUAUUUGGAUCCUGGGUUGGCUUCUCUUGAGGCAGGCAAGAAGACCACCAGGGCUCGUACUUAUCCUGGACCUCCAAAAGUCACAGAGCUUUAUCAUAAGAAGCAGAAUGCCUCUGCUUCUUCAAAGUCUUCAGCAUCUCAGAGCAGCUUAGAACUGUUUAAGGUGACCAUGUCCAGAAUCAUGAAGCUGAAAAGACAGCUGCAAGAAAAACAAGUCGCUGUCAUGAACAUGAAAAAGCAAACCCAGAGGGGGAGUGCGAAGAAGAUUGUGAAGAUGGAGCAGGAGCUGCAGGAUCUACAGUCCCAGCUGUGCACAGAGCAAGCUCAGCAGCAGGCAAGAGUAGAGCAGCUUGAGAAGACUUUCCAGGAAGAGGAGAAGCACCUCCAGGGUCUGGAGAAAGAGCAGGUAGAGGACCUGAAGCACCAGCUGGCCCAGGCUCUGCAGGAGGUAACUUGUCUCUUGCCACUAUGUGGAGAUGGUGGUGGUUUGCAGCAUCAGGCCCUCAUGGAAGAGCUGAAUCGCAGCAAGAAGGACUUUGAAACAAUCAUCCAAGCAAAGAACAAAGAGCUGGAGCAGACCAAGGAAGAAAAGGAGAAGGUGCAAGCACAGAAGGAGGAGGUUCUAAGCUACAUGAAUGACGUGCUAGAGAAUGAGCUCCAGUGCAUUAUCUGCUCAGAGUACUUCAUCGAGGCUGUCACCCUGAACUGCGCCCACAGCUUUUGCUCCUAUUGUAUCAAUGAAUGGAUGAAGCGGAAGAUAGAAUGCCCCAUUUGUCGGAAGGACAUCAAGUCCAAAACCCACUCCCUCGUUCUAGACAAUUGCAUUGAUAAGAUGGUGGAUAAGCUGAGCUCAGAGGUGAAGGAACGAAGAACUGUCCUCAUUAGGGAGCGAAAAGUCCUGGGGAUCAGACCCAAGGCCUUGCGUGCGCCAGCUAAGAGGUUGUUGUGAAGACUGCUGCAGCGUUGGAGAGGCUCCACCAUGGGAGCUCAAGGCGGGCUGGGGGAGUCUGCCCUCCGUGAGCCGGCCUGUGCGGGAGUCAUCUGAGAGGCCGCGUGGGACAGAGCCUGCCUUAGCAAGCCCAGCGUCACUCGCUGUCCGUGGUGGCCAGCGGCUGUCCUCACUGUGGAGCCUCGGCGGGACUCAGCGCCGGCUGCUUCAGGGUACUUAACAGACUGCUUCACUACCCAUUAAAUGGGCUGUUGAGUUCUGUUUGUUGGUUUUAAUUUGUUGUUACUGUUUGUGAUACCUCAGAAACACUGCUGUUGACCUUUGUUUUGGACAUUAGGGUGUGACCCGUGGGCCACUGAAGGCAGCCUGUAUUUUGAGUCCAGUUCACCUCCUUUUUGUGAAAACAAGAUGUCAUGUCUUGGGAAUAAAAUAUAAAACUUACUGGUUGCUCA